AUGGUGCUUUCAUUGAGAGUGUCGAACACAUCAAGCGUGCUCACAAUUUUGUUUUUUGAAAAAAAUGGCUUCGAUUCUGUCAUUUUUUUUAUUUUCCGGCCGGGAGAUUCAUCCUCUUGGGGAAUCGAAUCCUCCCAUUUUCACUAUGAGGCUACACAAAUUUGGAUUUCUUUGAAAAAAAAAAAAGAAAUCCAUAAGGAAGAAGGUUGAAACCGGAUCUGGGGAGGACACUCUCUCGCCCCUUUGCCUGUCCGGCUCAUUGACGCCGGCGUACAGCGCCGCUCUCAACUUCAGAGUUCCAGACGGACGCUCCACCCUCGCUGCGGAUAAGGUCCGCCACCUGCCACCUUCUCCUGCACUCAGUUCGGCUGUGGUCAGUUUCGUUCAUUGUCUCGACACCGGUGAAGCUUCUCCGAAUCGCCGGCUACACUAUUUACACCCGUACAGAUCUGAAUUUGAAAAAUAGGUCGGGUCCACUCGCAAUUCAUUGGAAUUGAGCAGGCGUGUGGAACUUUAUUGUAGGGAACAGUGGAAAGCAGAAGGGACCUGGUGGACUUGGAUUUCGUGAUUCUAUUUGGGGUCUAAGAUCUCUCAAUUAUGGAUGGUGCAGUGAGCAAGAAAAAGAUACGUAUCUUUACCCUGUCACUAUCAUUUCAAUUAUCCAUAUUUAUUAUUUUUACCAUAUUAUUAAUAUGGAAAUUGUUAUCAUAUUCCCUAUUACUAUUACCUUGUCCACCACAUGUGAUCGGACCUCACUUGGACGAUGAUAUUACACUUUGUGCUCAACACUUUAAGCCCUGAUGUGGAACAAGCGCAAAGCUUAAUCUCACACCCCACACAGGCCAGCGACCUGCCUCAGGGCAUGGCUCAGGUCCAACUCAUUUAGUCAUUCCUUAGUGAGGCCGGGUAAAACCUCUCUCUACGAGGUGUUGAAGAUCGUCCGCGACGAUAAUAUCGCGAGGCCGAGGUAAGCCGUCUAUCUCGACGCACUCCUUUCUGUCUUCCACGACGAGAUCUCAUUCCCUCUUCCACGAGGCCGAGGUAAGACGUCCACCGCGACGCGCUCCUAUCCGUCUUUCACGACGCGAUCUUAUUUCCUCUUCCACGAGGUCGAGGUAAGCCCUCUCCGCGAGGCACUCCAAAUCGUCCGCGACGAUACUAUUCGCGAGGCUGAGGUAAGCCGUCUAUCUCGACGCACUCCUAUACAUCCGUCUUCCACGACGUGAACUAUUCGCUCUCGGAUCUAAGGCGAGGGGUGCAUCACUUGUGCCUAUCUCACUUACCCGAGCAGCCCUCAUUUGAAGACCCCGGUCUCACUAAGGAUGACAUCAAGGUUUGUUCUAGACCAGACUACUACACGAUUGACACACUUCGCUGAUAAGGCCUAUCUUUUGUGACUUGACUCGUACAUUGACUUACUUUUCUCGGUCGCAUGGUGAUCGGUUUAUCUGAGCCCGCGAGCGCCUUGUGUUCUUUUUUGAACUUAUUUUGCAGGUUUGAAGGAUGAGAAGGCUAGGCUCAGCCUUAGGCACCGCGUGAGGCACUUGAGCUCGGCCUCGACCACCUCGUGGGGCACGCGAGCUCGGCCUCAUCCAUGCGAGCUCAGCCUCAUCAACGCGAGCUCGGCCUCAUCCACUCGAGCUCGCCCUCAUCAACGCGAGCUCGCCCUCAUCAACGUGAGCUCGGCCUCAUCCACUCGAGCUCGGCCUCAUCAACGCGAGCUCGGCCUCAUCAAGCCGAGCUCGGCUUCAUCCACUCGAGCUCAGCCUCAUCCACUCGAGCUCAGCCUCAUCAACUCGAGCUCGGCUUCAUCCACUCGAGCUCGGCCUCAUCAACUCGAGCUUGGCCUCGGCCAUCUCAUGAGGAAGCCAGAGACUCUCGCCGGUGCCGAGCAUUGACACUACUCCCCUUCACCUCGAAAUUCUUCUUCGGCUUAGGGAGUGGGGAACUCCGGGUGCUCGGCUUGUGAUUGUUACAUCUCACAUCAGGAGAGCCCUCGACUCCGGACAACGAGUCCGGGGGACUUGAAGAUCACCUCUUUUGAGAUCCACACAGAAGAUUUCACACCCUAGCAAUGUUUUCUUGAUCUACUCUGUGGGACGAGAUGUACUCUUUUCUUGACUGAGGAUUUUUUCCCAUCCUCAUGGGUUUUUUCCUCGGCAAGUUUUUAAUGAGGCAUCCCCCGUGGAGUGGGUCACACAUUGACGGGAUGGUGGAAGGAUGACGACUUAUUCAUCCACCCUUAUGGUGAUUGUUGCACUUUGAACAGCGAACCAAAGAUGUACUUUAUACGAGAGCAAAUCAUUUCAAAACAAUGAGCAGAGUAUGUGUUUCUUUUUGCCAUUCCGAACAGCGAAUUGGCAUUACGUUUCUGACCUGAUGACGUUGCUUGCCUUACUUCACCGUGCUCGGGAUAGCGAGUUGGCGGUGCACUCCAGACGCAAGGAAGACGGUGCCCUUCAGUGGUGGAUUAUUGUUUACUUCCACUUCGCCUCGAGUUCCUCUCGGCUCGGGAAGUGGGGGACUCAUGAUGGAUACCCUGGACACGGGGUAUCCGGUCUUUGUAUAAUAUUGGUUGGGACGGUCCAGUCUGUUGGACAAGCCCGUUUAUCGUGUAUUAAUUACUUUUUAGGGGCGGCCUUGGGUCGGCCCAUUAGUUUGUAUGUAUGCUCAAACCCUAACCCUAACUCUCCCUAUUUAUACCCCUCUUCUAGGAAGAGGGAGGGGGAGGUGGAGGAAACAAUGGAGGCUACACUAUUCAUCAU